AAACUAACACUCUCACUAUCACCUGCUAAUGGUAAGUAAAUAUGCCACUCAACCGUCCUACACUCUACAAAGCUAGAUUAAAUAACAUUCGUUCUCCUUUAGAAAUCACACAGUUGUUAUAUAACCUUUGUAUCUGCCAGUAGUCCAUAUAUCGAUUCUUCCAUUGUCUGCGCACACUGAAGGGAAUCGAAUGGUUUUUAUACCGAACAAUGGGAUCAGACAUAGAGAAAGUGAUUCCAUAAAGGUUUUACAAGGACUAGCUCUUGACUUCAGUGGAGUUUCUACAACAGAGUCUAGCAGAGACCAAUUACAUUUGGAUUAAAAGGAAAGGUGGGCUCCGGCAGCGGAUUGCCAAACUUCGCGGAAACUACAUUAUAAAUCCUAUACCAAGCUUAAAUCUUAGCAGAAAGUAUAACGAUUUCAAUCGCAGGUACUCGGUAAAACGUUAAAUACUUACAGAGUAACAUCAUAUUGUUCUUUAUGUAGGGAAUCUUGCAAUAUAGAACAAUCGUUUCGGAUGUCAUCCGAGAGUUUCUCUCUGCUAGCGUACAACUCUCCUGGGAGAAAAGUAUUUGACAACUGAAAGUACUUGACAACAUCCAACUCGAAACCAAUCACGAAUCUCCAAUUUCCUCAAAAUUUCAUUUCUCCUUGUCAUCAAACAUCGGAACGAUGAAGGGGGCUUACUUCUUGUUAGCAGUUUUUGUUUUUAAUUCAGUGGAUGGCAAACUCACCAGGGGUAGGAAUGGUCAGCAUAUUGGAAAGUACAUCGUUGGCACACCACUUGUUUUCGCCAUGAAUGCAAGUUAUGAAAUUUAUGACGGAUUCAGUUCGCGCGUUUUCGACAGAAAAGAUGAGCAUUCAGGAACAUCAAGUGGAAGUGCAAGCAACGAUGAGGACAACGAGCGUCGACGUCGUAAAAAGAGAUCGACGUCGUUUUCGGCAGAGGAGAUCCAGGGAAUUCUAGACAGACAUAAUCUUCUGAGAGGACAGGUUUCACCCGAGGCCGCCAAUAUGGAAUUCAUGAGCUGGGAUGACGACUUAGCCUCAAUGGCCCAGGACUGGUCCGACGAGUGCCUCUGGAAACAUGGUAAUCCUACAAACAUCUCGCCGUUCUCAUCGGUAGGCCAGAACCUAUGGCUUGGGACUGGGUCCGAGCCGGAUGGAGUAGGACCAACACAGUCAUGGUAUAAUGAGGACCAGUACUACGACUAUGACACACACGGUUGCUCUGAUGUCUGUGGGCAUUAUACACAGGUUGUAUGGGAUGACACAUAUGCUGUGGGAUGUGGCCGAACCUUUUGCUCUUCAGUUUCUAACGGCUGGACGAACGCCUAUAUCGUCACCUGUAAUUAUGGACCCGCAGGGAACUACAACGGUGUACGCCCGUAUACGACUGGUAGCAGCUGCACACAGUGUGCAUCAGGCAUCGGGGAAUGUUAUGAUAAUCAAUGUAGAUUAUGUUCUGAGCAUAGUGAAACCUGUGAUUGCCAAGCCGUGUGCCAGAACUGUGGAACACUGAAUAGUGAUUGUACAUGUACAUGUCGAGACGGGUAUUACGGCAGCGACUGUUCCACUGUUUGUGAGGACACACAUGAGUACUGCGGCGGCAAUCCUGGCUGGCCACUCUCCUGGUGUACUGAGGACAGGUCUUACGUACUUACAAACUGCCCCCUCUUCUGUGGAUUAUGCAAUGCAGCCGAUCCAAGUCAGACGUGUGAAAGCACCUCGGCACCUUCCGCAGCUACGACGUCAUCGAGCGGUAGCGGCGAUGUGACGACCACAUCGAGCGGUAGCAGUGAUGUCACGACCACGACUACCACCGUCGAGACGACCACAGCUCAACCGUCCUGUGACACCACUUGUCAGAAUGACGGGAUCGUCGACGAGACGACAUGCGAAUGCGAUUGCCCCAGUGACUACCAGGGCGCAGAAUGUGAACAAACAAAGUCCCAAGUGCGGUAUGGCGUAGUUGUACUGGUUUAUACAAGUAUCAGCCGAUGGCCCGAUCUCGAGGAUAUUCUGCUGCGUAUAAUUGGAGAAAUUGUGACGUCAUGGUGCAAUGAUAACUUUGAGAUUUGCUGCCCAAAUCAGGGAACAUUGUCAUCAUCAUCGUCAACCCUUGGUUACGUCGACGAGACCCAUGUUACAGUUGCUGACGGGUUUCCCAGAGAGGAAACGGGGCUUUCAUUUGAUGCCUUCCGUGUCAUGCUCUUGGUGACCCCGCCGGAGACAACCGAGCUCUGCUCAGCCGGAUCUGACUCCAACUCUGCGACCAGAAGGAGAAGAUGGACUGAAUAUCUCCAUAGCAACGGGAUUUCUAAGAGAGAUGCAUCAGAAAACUACCUGGAUCAGGACGCGCUGUACGAGGCGGUGAGCGAGAACAUCGACACCCUGGAAGACGAACUCAAUGUCACAUUAGGAGAGGUAGUCAAAGGCGAAAUCGAACCUGAUUCAGGCAGCGGCGGAGGACUAGCCGCAUGGGCAAUAGCACUCAUCG